UAACUCUUAGGUUUUUAUUAGCAUAUUAGGACAUGAAAGUAAUACUUAGAUGUCACUGCUUUUUAGCUAGUUAUCUCUUCUUGUCACUAAACGAGUCGGUCACACGGUCUGCACUCCAAGACAAUAAUGUCCCCUUUUCCUUUUAUGGCAUACACAAGCACCGGAUGUGACAUCAUUUUAGGGUCAAUAUCGGUUGUUCUUUGAACUCACUGCAUAACACAAGACACGCCUCCAAUAUUUUGAACACAUUUAAAAUCGCACGACCAGGAAUAUCAGGAUUAAACAAGCUCUGGCAACGGCCGAAGCCACAACAGAUACUUCUUCUCGCCUCAGACAUGACGCCUUCAGCGCCUUUUAUCCGCUUAUUGAUUCUAGUUACUUCUAUCAAGACUCUUUACGCUGCAAGGAUUUUCAACCGGGGAGAAAUUCAUCCAGCUGGGAAAGACGAAAUUUCAACCUGUGGUAACAUAAGGGAUGUAAUUCAAAGGAACUCUGCCAGGUUCCGUAAAAUUUUAGUUCGAAACACAAACUCUGAAAUUGUGUUUCUGAACGAUGACUCGAGACGAAUGACUGCCAGAGCUAAGAGCAAGCUAGAUGUUCUUGCUACUCGUGUAUCGGCUCGCUGGGGUGGAAGAAAGGUGAAGGUACUCAAGGCAUGGACAGACACAGUUGUUCCUGGAACUAUCUCCCUCCAUUAUGAAGGCCGAGCUGUACGGCUGGUAGUCGAUGACAACGACGUAGGAAAACUUGGAGAACUAGCAGGUCUGGCCGAGCAGGCGGGAUUUGACUGGAUUCAGUACACCCGAAACAAUUACGUUCAUGCGAGUGUGAUAAGAGAUGUUUGCCAGACAUCAAUAGACCUUGCCUUCAUCCUCGACACAUCAGGCAGUGUGGGAAGCUACAACUUUGGAAAGAUCAAAACAUUCGUUAAAAAUAUCAUCGACUUCUUCAACAUUGGUACUACUGGCACCCACGUGGCCGUCGUCACCUACUCAUCCUGGCCAGUAGUCGAAUUUAACCUUAAGGCUCACUACUCCAAAACCUCCCUCAAGAAUGCAGUCGGCGAAAUUGAAUACCGAGCUGGAUGGACGUACACUGGAGAUGCCUUGGAAAUGACUAGAACAGAUAUCUUCAACACUGUAGAUGGAAUGAGGCCUGAUAAAGGGAUUCCCAAGGUCGCAGUGUUACUGACUGAUGGCUACUCCAAUGGCUGGGGAGUGAAAACGGCAGCCAAUGCACUCAAGAACCAAGGAGUGAAUCUGUUUUGUAUUGGUGUUGGGAAUUACAAUGAAAGAGAGCUGAAUGACAUUGCCACCGAUCCUGAUAGCACCCAUGUCUUCACGUUGGACAACUUUAAUGAUCUGUCAAGCUGGGUGGAUAAGCUGAGUUCUGUGUCUUGUGACGAGGGGGCCACAGUUUCAUCUUGUGAUGAUACCACAUCAAGCGUCGAAGGCGGAUCCUUUUUGUACUUCAAAACCAAGUUCGAGUCGGUGACUGGCGGGAUUUCCGUCGAGGUUAAAGACAUUGAAGGUAUCAGUCAUUUGUACGUUUCCCUGACGACCACCAACCCAGGACCGAUGGAUCCUCACUCUCAAAAGAACGAAUUGAACACAUCACCGAGAUCAAUCCGGCUUAACUUUACUUCUGCUCGUAGCAGCACUACCAUUAUCUACGUAGCAGUUCAAGGUCAGAUGAAUAGCAACAAGUUUAAAUUAUCCAUGUGGGAUACCCUGUUCAGCCAGGACAGCUAUGUAGCCAACCCAGAUGAAGAAGUUCCUGGAACUCAAAAAGUAAAAACAGUUGCUUCAAGUUUUACUAAAUAUAGGUUGAGAUAUUCAAUCACUGAUGGAAACAGCGAGGGAAAGUUCCACAUCAACAGCCAAACAGGUCUUAUAACAGCAGACACUCUAGACCGUGAAGCCACUGCAACUUACAGGAUUACAGUCUUGGCUCAAAACAUCAACAAGGCUUGCCACAAAGGAAGAACAGUCGUGGUUGUCAAUGUCCAGGACACAAAUGACAACUCUCCACAAUUUUCAAAAAAGCUGUAUCAAGCAGACGUGAAAGAGAAUGCAAGGAUUGGGACAUCUAUUACCACGGUAACGGCGGCUGACAAUGACAAGGAUGAUAUGUUGACCUAUAGAAUCAAUGAUACAUCUAACACCUUCUCCAUCGAUGAUACUAAUGGAGUCGUCACGACCACAAAACAAUUAGACUUUGAAACGAACAAUCUCUAUCGUAUAGAAAUAAGAGCCUCAGACGGAAAGAACGAAGCUAAAACAAUCCUAGAGAUUCGAAUCUUAAGUGUAAAUGAAAGGCCAAGUCUUAAUGAUGCCUGCGCAAAGAGUUCCCGUUGUUCUUUCCGAGUCAAUGAAUCGAAAAAAGUCAACACCUAUAUUGGCACGCUUAAUGCCUCCGAUCCCGAUGGUGAUAGACUGACUUACAAACUAAAGAUGCUAGACUCUCAGGACAACGUUUUUGCGAUAGACACAACAGGAAGAAUAACUUUGGGAAAGAAAUUGGAUCGUGAGGUUAAGCCUGUUUAUAGUGUUCUUGUGACUGUCAGUGAUGAUGGUACCCCAGUUCUGGCCACCCAAACUGUUGUCAGUGUUAUAGUAACCGAUUAUAACGAUAAUUAUCCCACAUUUCCUUAUAAAAGAUACACAGCAUCUGUGUACGAAAAUGCUGCGAGAGACAGUACUGUGAUGCAGGUGGUAGCAAUAGACGCCGACAUAGGUGACAACAGUAAACUUACCUACAGCUUACAAGGUGGAAAUACCAGCUUCUUUACCAUCGACUCCAACACGGGCAUCAUCAAGACCUCACAAACAUUUGACCGCGAGACAAAGUCAUCAUAUCAGUUAACCAUACGUGUCGUAGAUGGCGGGAAUCCUCAGCAUCAUGGACAGACGUCAGUCACUGUGAAUAUCCUGGACGUCAACGACAAUAAACCUAAUUUCAUCAAGAACGCUUAUUCCUUCUCCGUAUCAGAAAAUACCACUACAGGGGCAACUAUUGCCACAUUGAGCGCCACAGAUCUUGAUAUAGGUAUCAAUGCAGACAUCAGAUAUUAUAUCGUGAGUGGAAAUUUGGGCAACACAUUCGAUCUUGAAUCCCAAACUGGUAAUUUGAAGUUGGCCAACACUCUGGAUUGUGAAAGAAGGACUUUGUAUCGCCUUGUGAUUGGUGUGUCAGAUCGAGGCUUGCCUUCGUUAUCGUCUACUACCAAUGUGCAAAUCAAUGUAGUAGACGUUAAUGACAAUUCUCCAAUAUUCGCAUCAUCAGUUUACCGAGCUACAGUAAAAGAGAACUCGCUAGUCGGUAAAAGCGUCGUCAAGGUACUUGCUACAGAUCGGGAUUCAGGUGCCAAUGGCAAAGUGGAAUAUGCCAUAAUAGACGGCAACACUGAGAAUACAUUCACAAUCGACUUGAAUUCAGGGCUAAUAACGAUAAAGAAAUCUCCAAAAUUCAAGACCAGCAGCCGGUACGACCUCAAAGUAGAAGCACGUGAUAAGGGAAAUCCAAUCAAAACUGAUACAACACAAGUUAAAAUAACCAUUGAAGACGUCAAUGACAACAAGCCCAUAUUUGGUCAGGACAGGUACAACGUUAAGGUUUCUGAAGCCGCUGCCAUAGGAAGCACUGUGCAAGAUGUUUCGGCGACAGACGAGGACUCUGGACCACUUGGUCGGGUGGUGUUUAGUAUCUUGAGAGGAAAUGUUGGGAACAAGUUUACCAUCGAUGGUAGCACAGGUUCCAUUAAGGUGUCCUCAUCCCUGGAUCGUGAAUCUACCAAAGAAUUCAUCUUAACCAUCAAAGCCCGCGAUGGAGGGACUCCACCACUGAGCUCAACUUGUCAAGUCUUGAUCAACGUGACUGAUGUCAAUGACAAUACGCCGGUAUUUAGUGGUCCAUAUACCUUCCACGUGUCUGAGGACCAGUUUGUAGCAUACCUUGUUGGGCAGGUGACUGCUACAGAUCGCGAUUCUGGUGAAAAUGCACGAAUCUCUUAUUCUGGAAGUACUGAUGUCUUCAACAUCGAUCCCGUUUCUGGAAAGAUUACGUUAUCAAAAAAGGUAGAUCACGAAGCCAAGUCUAGUUACUCCCUUACGGUGACUGCUUCUGAUCACGGCUCACCGCCGAUGUCUACGUCCAUUGUCGUCAAGGUGAUUGUGGAUGACGUCAACGACAAUCCUCCAAAGUUCCCUCGAGACAUGUACAACUGUAGCAUUGCAGAAAAUAUGGUAAAAGGUGCGACUGUUUGUUAUGUUACUGCUGUAGAUCCCGAUUCGAGUGCUAAUGGUCGACUUGUGUACACAAUUGCUGGGGGAAAUGGAACGUUUCUUAUUAAUUCGGACACUGGUGAAAUUACCACGACAGCCCCACUUGACCGUGAGAGUACUGCAAGCUACCGUUUAACAGUGACGGUAAGUGAUGGAAAGACCUUUCGUUCUGGCCCUUCUUUCACUGACUCGGUCACUGUGUAUGUAACUGUGCAAGAUGAGAACGAUAAUCCACCUAAGUUCAUUGGAGCUCCUUACAGAAUGGAAGUAAAAGAGGAUGCCAGUUUCGGGACGAGUGUAGGUAGGGUGUCAGCAGUAGAUGCAGAUGAUGGUCCCAACGGGAUGAUUACUUACAGUAUCUUACAAGGAAACAGUGAACAAAAGUUUAACAUAAAUCCCAGUUCUGGUGUCAUCUCCGUACAGAAAUCUCUUGACAGAGAACAGACAGCACAGUACACAUUGAGCGUCCAAGCAAAAGAUUCUGGAAAACCAGUACCACAGUCAACCAGCACCAAUAUACAAGUAGUAAUCCAAGAUGUCAAUGACCAUUCUCCUUCAUUUGAACGCGAAAUAUUUUAUGGACAGAUCAGGGAAGACGCUUCAAUUGGGUCUUCAGUAUUGCAGGUCAAAGCUGUAGACCGUGAUGAGGGGGCAAACGCUAAACUAACUUUCAGUCUGUCUGGAAAGGGAAGCGAAAAUUUUACCAUCGAUUCCACGGGAUUCGUGAAGUCCUUCACCGCACUUGAUUACGAGACGACUAGCUCUUACCUUCUGACUGUGACUGCAAACGAUUCUGGGAACCCACCGAAACAGGACACAGCUAAGGUGAACAUCUCAAUCAUAAAUGUUAACGACAACGUCCCGUCGUUCGACUCAACAGGCCAAAUAACGACCAUUCCUGAAGAUGUUGCCAUAGGAACUAGGGUUGUUAAGCUGAAUGCCACCGACUCCGAUGGCAGCCAACUUACAUUUGAUAUAAUCAAAGGAAAUAUCGGGGGCGCGUUCAUCAUUGGUUCUCAGACUGGUGUUAUUAGCGUUGCCAAGCGACUAGACCGAGAGAAUGUUGCUAAUUACACCUUGGUUGUCAAGGCAACAGACAAUGGUGGAAUGUUUGUUAGUAACAAUGCGACUAUUCAAGUUCUUGAUGUUAACGACAAUAAACCAACUUUUGAGAAGAAUUCUUAUUCCGUCGAGAUAUUGGAAAAUCAACUGGCAGGAAUAACAGUAGUGAAAGUGCUUGCCACGGAUCGUGACUUGGGCAAGAAUGCCGAGAUAACAUACCAGAUAUCGUCAGGAGAUAAAACCAAGUUUAAAAUAGACCCAACAACAGGUCUUAUCACAACACUCGCUACCCUUGAUCGAGAACAACAGCAAGCAUACCAGCUGUAUGUGACAGCAAAGGACCACGGGACGCCUAGUCAAUCCUCAGUUGCCUUGGUGACGGUGAAAGUUAAGGAUGAGAACGACAACAAACCACGAUUUGCCCAGAAUUUGUACCCGGUUUCUUUAGUCGAAAACACGGCUCUCAAUUCUGUUGUUUUAAGGCUUCGUGCUGUUGACCCCGACGAAGGUACCAACGGACAGGUGACUUACGCCAUAACGUCUGGUAACAGUGACAAUACCUUUGGGAUUAGCGCGAACACUGGAGAGCUGUCUGUCCUAAGGCUAAUCGAUCGGGAAACAAUAGCCUCUUAUGACUUGACAGUCUCAGCUUCUGAUUCAGGAAGCCCGAAAAAAAACUCAUCGACCUCCGUCUCCAUAACCGUUAUAGACGAAAACGACAACGCCCCUGUUUUCACCAAUCAAAAUGCUUCAUUCAGUGUCGAGGAAAAUGUACCACGUGACACGUUGGUAGGUGUUGUCACAGCAACCGAUGCUGACGUGGGAAGUAAUUCUCAGAUUGUGUACUCGAUUAUCAAAGGAGCACAAAAUGUGCUUGCUAUCAAUCCAAGCACUGGGGUUAUUACUGUCAUGGGAAGAAUCGAUCGUGAAACCAUGGCAACGUAUCCACUGACCAUCAGAGCGUCUGAUCGAGGCUCGCCAGUCUUGUUUUCUGACAAAAAAUUUACCGUCAGAGUUGAUGACGUCAAUGACAACGCUCCUGCUUUUGAAAAAAGCAUUUACCGAGUUAACAUUCGCGAAGACGCUCCAAGGCAAUCUAGUGUGGUAGUUGUCAAGGCAACCGAUGCUGAUCUCGGAGCAAACGCGGCUGUUCGUUACCAGAUAGUCAGCGGUAACACCCAAGGUCUAUUUUCAAUUAACCCCAGCAGCGGUCUGAUAACGACGUCCGGCUUUCUAGACUACGAGAAACAGCGCAAAUACACACUGGAAAUUAGCGCAAGUGAUAGUGCAAGAACGACUAAUGCAAGCGUCAUUAUUGAUGUUGUUGAUGUCAAUGAUAAUGAUCCACUCUUUGGACAACGCGCCUAUUUCGCGAGCGUACAGGAAAACAAUUUAACUGAAGUUAUUAGAGUCUUUGCUACUGACAAAGAUCCAUUUGGUGUCCUUGUAUACACCCUGAAUUCCAGCUACCCGAGCAGCAACCGAUUCAAUAUCGAUCCAACAAGCGGAAGUAUAUCGACAGCCGAGCCAUUAGACAGGGAGACCAAAGAUAAAUACGUUAUACAAGUUGUUGUAGCAGAUGGUGGGACACCAGCGCGCACUGACGCUGCCAUAGUAACCAUUAACGUCACCGAUGUCAAUGACAACCGUCCAACAUUCAAUGACAGCUCGUAUUCCGUGACUGCUCCAGAGAACAUCACUGUCAACACGAUUGUUGCCCAGAUCUUUGCAAGUGAUCGUGAUUUAGGAAACAAUGCAAAAUUUUCCUACUCCAUGUUACCAACAAGGUUCUUCUCAAUAGAAUCAGACACAGGAAUAAUCAGAAAUGUCUUAACGUUGGACAGAGAAACUACGCCAAGCUUUACCCUCACAUGCACCGCUACAGACGACGGAUACCCUAGACUCACAUCCGAGCCAGUAACCAUUCACGUGAUACUUCAAGAUGUUAAUGACAAUGCUCCACGAUUUGAAAACCAGCCUUACUAUUCCAAUGUAAGUGAGAAUGAAGCCGUUGGGUCAAUAAUUGCAGACGUUCUUGCAGUUGACCGAGAUCUUGGCGACGCUGGUAAAGUAGAGUACAGAAUAACAAGUGGGGACCAGAACGGAAUGUUUACUAUUGAUAACAAUACUGGGAUCAUUUCCCUUGGUAGAGCACAUGACCGUGAACGCCAAGACGCCUAUACAUUAACCGUACAAGCAUCAGACCUAGGGACCCCUCCCCUACAAUCUACCACCAAGGUGUACAUCAACAUCCUCGAUGUCAAUGACAAUGCACCAAUAUUCAAUACCACUUCUCUAAGGGGAAGCGUCAAGGAGAAUAAGCCCGCAGGCACAUACAUCAUGCGGUUAACCGCCAACGACGCAGACUCGGGUUACAACGCUCGGAUACAAUUUAGAUUCCAAACGGAUGAAUACAAAAAUUUAUUUUCUCUGGACAUCUAUACCGGAGAAAUCGAAACGAGAAAAGGACUCGAUCGUGAAAGACAAGAACGCUAUGUACUUAAGAUUGUAGCAUUAGAUAUGGGGAACCCCCGAUUGACGUCAUUAGCUGAUGUAAUCAUUGACGUCAUCGACGAGGAUGAUAACUGUCCAGUCUUCCAGUACUCAGAAUACAACGUCACUAAGUCUGAGGAUAUUGCGCUGGGAGCCGAGAUUGUCCAGGUGCUGGCUACUGAUGUGGAUCAAGAGAAUGUUACUUACUAUAUUAGGUCUGGAAACCCUGGUGGGGCGUUUACUAUUGAUCAAAAAACAGGAAUGAUCAAAGUAGCAAACCCAGAUGCUGUUGAUCGAGAGAAACACGAAGCGUUCACACUGAUUGUACGAGCAGGCUCUGAGAACUGUGGUGUUAAUGAAACUGAUGGAGGAAAUACAGCCGAGGGUGGUAUCGACAUUCUCUCUUCAGCCAUAGCAACCGUCAACAUCAUCCUCGAGGACGUGAAUGACAACCCGCCAACUUUCCAGGAGUCCGCUUAUACGUUCGACUUUGACGACAUCAAAACAAAAUUUCUUUUUACAAUAUCUGCUGCUGACAAAGACCUUGGUCCGGGAGGGAUUGUCAAGUACAGAAUGGCUGGACAAACUGAGAUCGGUGGUAAUCAUGUGGCUACAGUAGCAGCUUACGACCAAGGAUCGCCAAGUCUUGAAAGCAACGUGACGGUGACAGUCCAUGUUAAGUCGGGGUUAACAUGUGAAGCAAUGGUGUUUACUGUAACGAGUGAUGGAGGAAUAUACGUCAAGACGCUUUGUCACUUUGAUGAGAAACCCGAUGAGAAUAAAAUUGUCGUUGUUGGCGAACCUCAUCAGCUAAAGUGCUCCGCCAAUGGUAACACUGUCCCUGAAUACCGAUGGAUGUUAGAUGGCAGGAUGUUGACCACUCCUUCAUCAAAUGGUACCUACGUCAUUGAACGUUUGAGUCAAGAAAAUGAAGGUUCUUAUUCUUGUUUGGCAUCAAGUGAAGCUGGCGUAAUACAGUCUUCGGCGUCCAUGCUGAUUGUGUACGAGAAACCAACAGUCAUACUGCACCCAAAGAACACUUCAGCUGCCUUAGGAGGUAUCACAACCCUGGAAUGCAAAGCAACUGGUGACCCUGAUCCCUCGUAUCAGUGGUUCAAGAAUGAUGUCGAAAUCCUUGCUACCAAUGACAUUGUCCCAGACAAGCCUACGUUAGUCAUCAGGAAAACAAUCAUCCAAGACCAAGCCUGGUACCGCUGUUCUCUCCGUAAUGCCGCCGGCACUACUUUAUCGAAUGCUGCCUAUUUGAAGAUCUUUGAAUCAGAAGCACUGGUCUCCUUGGAAAUCUCUGUUAACAAGCCAAACCUCGCCAAGCAAUGUCAUAUUUUUGAUCUAGAAGCUUUUAAGAAAACACUGAGAAAAGUCUUGGAGGCUGAAGCGACCAUAACUAAUAUGACAGUCUUGGCAGAAACUCUGUGCGAAUCAGAUCCUUGCUUCAGCAAUCCAUGCAUGAACGGCGGAGUAUGCAAAACUGGUCCAGGGAAAAAUGAAUUCAGUUGUCGUUGUGAGCCAGGAUGGGCAGGAAAGGAUUGUACGAACGACAUCAAUGAAUGCGAAAGAAGUCCGUGUCGAAAUGGAACAUGCACAAACACAGUUGGCAGCUACCAAUGCAAAUGCACAAGCUAUUCAACCGGUAAAAACUGCAAACUAAGAAAAGACGCAUGCGCAGGAAGCCCCUGUAAUAAGACCAACAUUUGUGUAUUGUCCGAGAUGCAUGCCAACGGCUACAAGUGUCUGAGUGGGGACAAGCUAAUUGAGAUGAAGUACACGAAAGAAAUCGCUGAUGAUGGUGACAAGUUUGAUCUGGAGAAAAAGAUGACAGAGAUAAUCAUUUCUGCACCAGACAAACUCAGUGUUAACAAUAGCAACGUGAACACGAGACGACGUGAAAGAAGUGCCAACGAUAAGAUAGACUAUGGCACAUGCGUAGCAAGAAUACAUCUUGUUAGUGACACGUGGAUCAAAUUUUUCCUCCUGUGUCCGAAAGAACUCAACGCAAACCAGGAUGUGGUUAAGCAGUACGUAUGUGGGUUGAUGCUGGAUCAGAAAGUAGCUGAAUCUUGUGGAAGUGGGUCCAACAUGAUGACACCCGUUCCACCAGUCACCUAUCCCGCCAUCGAUCCCAUGAGAGUCAAGAUCUUGCUGUUUGCACGAGACAAGUCUAAUCGUGAUAUCGAUGGUGAAAGUCUUAUCAAAGGGCUGCAAUCCAAAACCUUCCAGGAACAAAUGGCAAGUCAAGGAGUGGAGUUCGUGGCAGCCAAACAAGUUCGUCCAAAACCAUUGAAAGCUAAUCCGUCUUCCUCCAGCACUGGUUUAAUAAUAGGACUAGCGAUCCUUGCUUUGAUGGUCGUCGCUGUUGCCAUUGUAGGAUUCUUAUAUUAUCAAAGGAGAAAGAACCAAAAUAAGCAAGUAAAUAUUGAAGACAGAGCUAUUCUUCGCCGUGAUAGUCCUCACCAGAAUGUACAACGUAAUGUCUCGACCAGGGACAUCACAAGAUCGGAGAAAAAGUACAUUAAUCAAGCCUUCACUAACUCCAUUUAUGAUGACGAUGGUGGUGACGAAGAAAUGUUCAUGGUCGAGGUGGACCUUUCAUCGCCCAAAAAGAAAGACACACCCAUAACCAAGCUCCUCGAAGAGCCUUGGUAUUACGACAAAAUAACCUCCAUCGAAGCAGAAGACCUUCUCGAUUCAAAAGUACAACCAGGCACGUUCUUGGUACGUAAAGGACUAAACCCAAACGAAUAUGUACUUACUGUAAGAUGUCCCGAAGGAGGUCCCUCUCACAGACACCUUGUGCUUAAGUACACAAGUAAGCAGAAAUUUGAAGUUCAGUUUGGUACCAUGCCCCUGGCGCUAGACUUCGACACAGUUGGUGACGUCAUUGACCAUUUCCAGGCAACGCCCAUUGAGUUUGGACCAAAUGUUCCGGAUGUAGUGUUGACGAAUGGCUGGUGUAAGAGUCAAGGGUAAAAUCUCUCAGUUCAAAAAUAAUCACGGCAAUCAGUAUGCAGCAUUAUUCUUAACGAUAACACUCAAAUAGGUUAUCUACAAUCAUUUCUCAGCAAAUAAAAUAGUAAAUGAAUUGAUGGCCAAGUUAGUUGAUAAAACUAACUAUGAACAGCAAUUUCCAGAACCAAAUUUUUUUUGCGCUAGAUUAUGAGUAAAUCUUUUAAAAUCUGUAUCAUGACCGCUUUGUGCAAGAGCUGUAUUUUGAUACAAUGUUAGAUAAUCGUAGUUCGUCUCCAUCAUUUUCUAUUUCUGAUAUGUUCUUAAUACUUCGAAAAAUUUAGUAGAAAAAACUACAAAACGUACUCAAGUUAAAUAUCAUUCAAAGGUAACAGAUUCGCGUGACGUCACGUCGCGUCACGUAGUAAUUUCCCGCUAAAAAAAAGCGCGUUCUCGUAAGCAUUCUUCUUCCAAAACUAAUCAAACAUGAUGGACAAAUAAUUUCCAGAACAGAGUUAAAAGUUAAAAUAGCUGAGAAAAUAUAAUCUAGUGAACCAAAUGAAUAUCGUAAAUUAUUUCAUCGAAAAAUUUUUUUUCAACUUUCAUUUAAUGAACAAAAAGAUGACUAAAUUUCAUUAUAAUUAGAACAUAUAAAAAUGUAGUUCAUAUGAUAUAAAUAUUUUGUUAAUAUAUAGAUGGAGAACAUACAUUUUGAAAAAAAUAUAUAUAAUUUUGUAAAUAACUGAAUGUAGAUUUUAUUUACGAAAUUUUUACUAAUAAAAUUUAAGUUAAUCUA